AUGUUGGCUAGGCUUCUUUGCCACAUUAAAAAUGACAAAGCGUUUUGCACAUUCCAUUGCCUCACGCGCAUGGUACUUCAGGAGGGGGGAUACGAGCAGUGGGAGUGGCAAGGCAACAAGGUGAACUACGUGGUGGCGGGGGACGUUAAUAGUGACGCCACGCCCGUGCUACUCAUCCAUGGGUUUGGCGCCUCUGUCUACCACUGGAGGUACAACAUUCCAGCGCUGGCAGCCUCGGGAAGACCAGUCUACGCCAUCGAUCUCAUCGGUUUUGGGUGGAGCGACCGCGCGCUCAUCCAAUACAGCGCCGCCAUGUGGGCGGACCAGGUCUCCUCCUUCAUCCGCGACGUGAUUGGCCGCCCCGCCGUGCUCGUGGGCAACAGCGUGGGAGGGUACGUAACCCUCACCACCGCAGCCAACCACCCGGAUGUAGUCGCCGGUACUGUCCUUGUGAACGCCGCAGGCAAGUUCAGCGAGGCUCCUCCCGGCACGGCACCCCUUUCCGGAGCGGACGAGUCUCCGAGAGAGCUCAAAGCAAGGAAAGCCGCGGCAGCGAUGCCAGUGGAGACUCACGGGCACCAGCAUGGGGCAGAGGAGCAGGUGCCUUUCUCGGUGGUGGUGCGGGAGAAGGUGGGGGAGCUGGUGGAAGGGGUGGUGGCGGCGGUUGGGAAGGUUGCUCGGCGCGUGGUGCUGCACGUGACGUUUCUGCAGGCGAAGCAGCCGGGGAGGAUCAAGCAGGUGCUGGAGUUAGUCUACCCGAACGCUGCGAGUGUGGACGAGGAGUUGGUGCGGUCGAUUGUGCUGCCCACGCGCGAUCCGAACGCCGCCGAGGUUUACUAUCGGCUGUCUACUCAGGUGCUGCUGCAUCCCUCCGCUCUCUCCCUCAACGACCUCCUUUCGUCCCUUCGAGCCGCAUCUGAGAGUCCCAUGCUGCUGCUUUGGGGGGCCCUGGACCCCUGGAUGACUCCCGCCAAGGCGCAGACUAUUGUUGAUAAUUACUCUGCGGCACAGAGGGUGGACAUUUCUGCAGGGCAUUGCCCGCAUGACGAGGACCCAGAUGCGUUCAACCAAGCGUUGCUUCAGUGGCUGCAGCAGUCAAAGUUUUGA